CCAAAUCCCGAAAGUUACCGGACGGCCCGUUUACUUCUCUGGGUUUCUUUGGUAAUAUUCCGGCCCAUCCCAGAUCUUCCCGACCCGGUAGCCUGCACCCUCCGGUUUUCUGAGCCACGAGGUCGACCCCGUGUAUUCUAUCGUGGAAAGGAGAGACGAGCGACUGAGGCUACGCAGCGGCGGCGACCGGCGGCGGGGAAAGGCAACGGCGGCGGGGAAAGGCGACGGCGGGGGGGGCAAAUCAAGACGGCGCCGACGAGAUCCUCCUCCGGCGACUGGUCCCCGAUACCUGCCCCUUGGCCUAUUGUUGGAUUGGAUCAACCACCUCCAUCUUGGGAACUUGUGAGAACUCCUGAUUUUGAUAUGAAGCCGACUUUGCAUCCAGUGGGCACACCCAAGUUCAACUUGAAAAAAACUGCUCUUGGUGUGAGAAAAACUCCACCGACCAAUAAGAAAAGGAAAUCUCCAAAAGCAACGAAAGCAAGAGCCCAAUGGAAUUUGGGGCUUGAGAAAUCUCUGAUCGAUAUACUUCAUGAGCAUAAUAAUGACUAUUACAGAGCACAAAAUGGAUGGAGUGGGGACACUUGGAAUCGAAUGACGCAAUUAUUCCAGGAACGUAAUCCGCAGGUGAACUUCGUCAAAUCCCAGCUACAAGAUAAAGAAAAAGAACUCAAGAGAGAAUACAAGAUGCUCAAGGAAGCUCGAAUGCAAAGUGGCGCUGGUUGGGAUGAGAAGACCUGCAUGAUAGUUGCUGAGAAGGCUUUGUGGGAUAAUCUAGAAAUCUCCUUUCCAAGAAUUGGGAAAUUCAAGAGAAAUGGCUUUCCUAUGUAUGAUUCUCUUGGAGAUCUAUAUGAUGGCCAAAUAGCUUAGGGGAAUCACAAUUUCACUUCAAGCUCUAAGGCAUCUCAACUUGAUGAAGAGUUAGAAGAUGAGAGAGUGGAAGAAGCUGGGUCUGAAUUUGAUGAGGACGUACAAAUUCUGGAUGAAGACCCUACUGAAAAGAAAGACGAGGGCACGGGAAGUUCAGCCAGCCGAGUGAAUGUUGGUGAAAGAAUGGAGAAGAAGGCAACUGGUGUACCAAAGAAAAUUCCUCCAAAGGAAUUAAAGAAGCCUGUUAAGAGCGAUGAAAUGGUGCAAGUAGUAGACAGGUAUGUGAAGAUGAAAGAAAAACAAGCAGAAGAUGAGAAGGCCGAGUCGAGUACAUUCUCCAUUGCCAAGUGCAUUGCAGCUGUAAACAAAAUCCAAGACUUCACCCGUCAAGAGAGAGUUAAGGCUUCAAAAGUCUUCAAAAGUCUUGAAAACCGCGAGACCUUCCUCACUUGGGUCACUGAAGACGAGGAGUCAGCUAUCAUGUGGCUCCGGGAUGAGCUGCAAGAGUUGA